CAUACGCUUCCAAUUUACCAAUUGAAUGGCUGUUAUAAGUUAUAUUGGCAUUUCCGCGUCAAAAAUUAGCGUUCCUAAAAAGUUUAUUCGAAAAAAUGGCCAGCCAUCAGACACAAGGCAUCCAGCAAUUGUUGGCUGCUGAAAAAAGAGCCGCUGAAAAAGUUGCGGAAGCUAGAAAACGUAAAGUGAAGCGUAUCAAGCAAGCUCGAGAUGAGGCUCAAGCGGAAAUUGAGGCUUACCGUAAUGAAAGGGAACGCCAAUUUAGAGAAUACGAGGCCCGUCAUAUGGGCUCUAAAGAGGAUGUAGCCGCGAGAAUCGAUAAAGACACGCAAGUGUAUCUUCAGAACAUGGAAAAACUGGUACAAGAUAAUAAGGACCAGGUAAUUAAGGAGCUGAUCAGUUUGGCAGUGGAUAUCACACCAGAAGUACACAGAAAUUACUUUAUCAUGAGGAGUUUCAAUAAGAUCUAAUGUGUAUUAUACCACAGAUAACAUUUUUUAUCUGUGAUUAGAUUUUUUAUUAAUAUGUAAAAUAACAUGUUACAUUUCUUUUACACUAGUCUUUUCUAGAUUUUGUAUAUGUAUAGAAUAAAAUGCUCUCUAUUUUU